AUGCUGUUCAGUUCUAUCAUAAUUGGUAUUGUCUCAUACCUGUACUAUUUCAAGAAUCUGCUGUCUUCCAAAGUAGUUACCAAUUUAAAUUUUGAUCUAUUAUCUAGACAAUUAUAUGCUUUACCAGAAGAUGAUGUUAAUCAAAAAGUUUCCACAAAUGAUUUCUUCAAAAGUUCAUUUAAUAAUAUUUCAUUUCUUCAUGGUAUAGCAUCUGGUGAUCCAACAUUAGACUCUAUUAUAUUUUGGACAAGAAUUACACCAAAUGAUCAAGUUGAUCCUAAUCAAUUAAUACCAAUACAUUUCAAAUUAAGUUCUGAUGAAAAUUUCACUGAUAUAUUACAAGAUGUUCAAACAUUUACAAAUUCUUUGAUUGAUUAUACCAUUAAAUUAGAUAUAACAGGUUUAAACCCAAAUCAAACAUAUUAUUACAAAUUUUAUAAUGAUUUAAUUUCAUCAGAUAUUGGACAAACAAAGACAUUACCAUAUCCAGAUCAAGAAGAUGAUGUUAAAUUAGCUGUUUAUUCGUGUGCAAACUAUGCUGGUGGGUUUUAUCAUGCUUAUAAGUUCCCAGUUUUAAAGAAUUCAGUGGAUUAUGUUAUUCAUUUAGGUGAUUAUAUUUAUGAAUUUGCUAAUGGUGUUUAUACAAAUGGUACAAAAUUAGGAAGAGAUCAUAUUCCUGAACAUGAAUGUGAAACUUUAGAAGAUUAUAGAUUACGUUAUGCAUUGUAUAGAUCUGAUAAAGAUCUUCAAAAUUCACAUGCUAAAUUCCCUUGGAUCUUGGUUUGGGAUGAUCAUGAAGUUGCUGAUAAUUCAUGGUUAAGAGGAUCUGUUGCAACAAGUGGUUAUGAUUUUUUGAAAAGACGUGAUGAAGCUACACAAGCUUAUUUUGAAUGGUUACCAAUUAGACCUCAAAAAAAUUUAUCUAAAAUUUGGAGAAAUUUUAAAUUUGGUAAAGUUUUCCAAAUUAAUAUGUUAGAUACAAGACAUUAUUCUCGUGAUAUAACAGAUUAUUAUCAUAAUCAAGAGUUUAUUAAGAAUCUGGUUGAAUACGAGGAUCGUACAAUGUUAGGUUAUGAUCAAGAAGAAUGGUUAAAUAGAAGGUUAUUGGAUAAUGAUACAACCUGGAAUUUAAUUGCAAGUCAAUGUGUUGUUCGUGAUAUUGAUUUUUCUUUACCAGAAACAGGUGGGUUAGGUUUCCCUUUUGAAGAAUUUAAUCAAGAUGCAUGGGAUGGUUAUAUUGCUAAUAGAAAUCGUUUAUUGAAUUUCAUUAAACAAAAUGAAUUGAAAAAUAAUGUUAUAUUAAGUGGUGAUUUCCAUAUUGCAAUUACAAGUGAAUUAAGUCUUCCACAUGAAAUUUAUAAUGUUGAAACAGGUGAAGGUACAAUUAUUGUUGAAUUUACCACAAGUGCAGUUAGUUCACCAACUACAUUCCCAAAACAUUUCAAUGAAUCACAAAGUUUAAUAAUGUCUAAAGAAUUAGUUGAAAAUAAUGAUUUAAUUUGGAAUGAUGGAUAUUGGAGAGGUUAUAUGGAAUUAAAUAUAAAUAUGAAUAAUGUAACAACAGAUUACUAUGGUGUUGAUAUUAAAGAUGUUAACUUUAAUAAUGAAUUACAUUUAGCGCAUUUUGUUGUUCCAAAAGAUCAAUCAUUUAUUGAUAGAGAAAGCAUGUAUGUUAAUAGUGGUGCUAUGAAUCAAAAAAUAAUAUAG